AUGCUUGGGAUUGAGCGUUAUAUUUGUUUCUGCGCAGCUAAUAUAAUUUUUAUAAUCACGGUUAAUAAGGAAUUUUGCUCGCCCUCUCAACAGAGAAAAGGUGGGGGUUCUCUAUUUGCAAUUCAUUCCGAAUGCGAAGUCUACAACCCAAAAAAAGAUUCUUGGGCUCAAAUCGCUUCGAUGCAAUGGCGUAGAUCACGUUCGGGGGUCACAGGAUUAAGCAGACUUCUUUAUGUGGUCGGAGGAUAUGAUGGGGCGUCCGAUUUAGCAACUGCGGAGUCUUAUAACCCGCUAACAAACACUUGGGGAUCAAUAACUCCAAUGGGAACAAAAAGAUCUUGUUUAGGAAUUUGCUCUUUCGACGGGUUAAUUUAUGUUUGCGGUGGCUACGACGGCGCUUCUUGCUUAUCAAGCAUGGAACGUUUCGACCCAUUAACCGGGAUUUGGUGUAGUUGCCCCGCGAUGUCCACCCGGCGAAGAUAUUGCCGAAUUUCGGUUGUAGAAAAUUGUAUUUACGCCCUCGGUGGGUUUGAUUCAACGAAUUACCAAGCUUCCGUGGAGCGUUUCGAUCCAAGAAUGGGGACUUGGUUUCCUGUACCUUCGAUGUCUUCGCGGAGAAGUAGUUGCGGGGUCGCUUCUUUAAACGGAAACUUGUAUUGUAUCGGCGGAAACGAUGGGACAAUGUGUAUGUCGAGUGGAGAAAGAUUCAACGUAAGACGAAACGCUUGGGAACCGAUCCCAUCGAUGAAUAAUCGGAGAUCGACGCAUGAAGUUGUCGCAAUCGAUGGGUUUAUUUACGCUUUGGGCGGAAACGAUGGGUCGUGCUCGUUGAAUUCGGUGGAAAAAUACGACCCAAAAACGAAUAAGUGGGUUUUAGUGACAUCUAUGAAUACGAGGAGGAGUUCUAUCGGGGCUGCGAUUUUAGAUUGCAUCGAUAUUGAAGCGGUUUUGAGGAGGAUGAAGAGUUGACAAUAAAAUUAUGUUUAUUAAAGCUUGGCUUAAACGAUUUAUAGUUAUUUUCUCGUGAUACACUUUAAUUAUUAAUUAAUUGUUGUUAAGCA